AUGAAUGGCAAUAAUGGAGUUAUGGAUAGGCAAGAUGAUGUCAGUUGUAGCUGGGAGGAAAUGAAGUUUUACGUUUUCUCCGGUCGAAUCUCAAGUGCGGUUUUUGUGAGGUCUGAUUCAAUUUUAACAGAUGAUGACUAUGUACCUUUUGAACCAACAACACCAACGCCUAAGUAUGGACCAAUUUCGAGGAUGUCUAACCAGUCCAUUGGCAGAAACUCACAAGGCGCUAAUAAUGGUAAUGGUCAGUUCAUAACUGAAGGAAAGAGAAUGAAUUCUCCUUGGAUGUUUUCUCAGAACCAGGUGUAUCAGCCUUCCAGUGUCGUGGGAACCAUAAAUGAAGCAUAUGUCCUCAGUCAAGAUCCGAAUAAACAAAUGUUAAAUGAGAACCAGUUGAUUGUGAUAAUUCUGAGGUAUAAAAUGUCUAAGUCCAGAGGAUCUAAACAUUACUUGCAAGCAAUGAAAUGCAUAGAAGAGUUGGCAUUAUAUUUAAGACCUUUCCACAAUGGAUCAACAAGUAUAUUGUCUCGACCAAUGCAACGAAAGUUAGUGACAUUGGUAAAUUGUCAAUUAAUUGAAGAUGAAGGGAGAUCGAGAUCAAUGAGAGCAGCUAGAUCAUUAGGAGAAAGAACAGUUACUGAAUUAAUACUGCAGCAUCAAAAUCCUCAGCAGCUUAGCGCAAAUUUAUGGGCUGGCGUGAGAGCAAGGGGAUGUCAAUUUCUUGGACCAGCAAUGCAGGAAGAAGUUUUAAAACUCGUAUUACUAGCAUUAGAGGAUGGCUCUGCGUUAUCUCGAAAAGUUUUGGUUAUGUUUGUUGUUCAAAGAUUGGAACCACAUUUUCCACAAGCAUCUAAAACCAGCAUUGGACACGUGGUUCAAUUGUUAUACAGAGCUAGUUGUUUUAAGGUAUCUAAACGUGAAGGAGAUUCUUCUCUUAUGCAGUUAAAAGAAGAAUUUCGAACCUAUGAUGCAUUAAGGCGAGAACAUGAUGCACAAAUUGUGCAAAUUGCCACAGAAGCUGGUUUAAGAGUAGCACCAGACCAAUGGAGUGCUUUAUUGUAUGGUGAUGCUGCACACAGAUCACAUAUGCAAAGUGUGAUGGAUAAACUUCAAGGACCACAAAGUUUUGCCCUUGGUGUGCAAGAAUUGGUGAUAGCUUUGCAGAGAAGUGGAGAUCCGGCUGAUUUGGGAGGUCUCACUAAAAGCUUAGAACUACUAGCAGGAAUUGAUGCAAAUGCAGAAUCUGUAGUUCCAACUUGGCAGCAAUGUAGUGCAGCAUUAACAGCCGUUGCCCGAGUUGUCUUUGGUUUAGUUGAUUUCAUCAUGCAUCAUUCCCAUGGAAAUUCUAAUAAUAAUUUGGGAAAUACAAAUGUGUCUGGUAUGUGUCGCUCUGGAAAUAUAGUCUGUAAACAAAGCGAACAAAUGUCACAACAUUUUAAUGUCGGUGCUGCUGCACCACAGCCUAUCACCAUCAAUGGAGCCAAUGGCGUCAACAGUAAAUAUAAAGUUAGUAUGUGUAGAGACCUCACAUUGAAGAAUAGUUGCCCAAGAGGAGUAAAUUGCACUUUUGCUCAUUCUGAGGACGAAUUGGACAGACAUAGAGCAAAAAGUCGUAAAUCUCUAAGACCGACAGGUAAUAAUAAAACUAUAACAGAUGAAAAUUUUAAACAAAAUUAUCAAGCGAUGAGUCCAAUCAAUAUGGUUCCCACGCACAAUAUGCCUGCACCAAUGCCACUGCCUACUGGUUACAACAUGUCUACAGCCAGACCGGUACUGCCAGUUUUAGGUGACCAUAGAUUUUCAAAUACACAUGAUGGAUUUGCCACAAGUCAAGGAAUUGUUUUAAGCCCAAAUAAGCCAAAUAUGGAAUAUUAUACUCCAAACAGAAUGGAUUCCGCCCGAAUGCAAAACUGGGAUUCAAGUUACCUACCAAGUCGUCAGGUUAUGCAUGCAAAUAAUUUCAUAAAACCAGUGAGAAAUUUAGCUGCAUUACAACAGAAACGAUUAGAUAUUAUAGCACAAUUGGAAAUUCUGGCAAAACAGACAAUAAAUAAUGCUGCUAAAAUGAAUGGCAAUAAUGGAGUUAUGGAUAGGCAAGAUGAUGUCAGUUGUAGCUGGGAGGAAAAUGAAGUUUUACGUUUUUCUCCGGUCGAAUCAUCAAGUGCGGUUUUUGUGAGGUCUGAUUCAAUUUUAACAGAUGAUGACUAUGUACCUUUUGAACCAACAACACCGACACCAAAGUAUGGACCAAUUUCGAGGAUGUCUAACCAGUCCAUUGGCAGAAACUCACAAGGCGCUAAUAAUGGUAAUGGUCAGUUCAUAACUGAAGGAAAGAGAAUGAAUUCUCCUUGGAUGUUUUCUCAGAACCAGGUGUAUCAGCCUUCCAAUGUCGUGGGAACUAUAAAUGAAGCAUAUGUCCUCAGUCAAGAUCCGAAUAAACAAAUGUUAAAUGAGAACCAGCAAGCAUUGUUGGCUGAAUCGCAACGUAUGAAGCAACAACUACAUCAUCUAGAACGAAAAAUAAAAGUUCUAGAAUCUGCCAAUAAUCAUAAUCAACCAUCUUCUGUUCUCAAUAAUGAGAGUGAGCGUCUCGCAAAAGAAUUAAGAUUGGUUGAACAAGGCAUUUGUCACAUGGAAAGAGAAAAGGAAGCUGCAGCCAUUAUGAACAAGAUGGCAAAUAAUGGAAAUUCAUUGUCCCAAGGUCAACAAGCAUUUUGGGAUCAUAAUAUUACAAAUAGGGAAGAUGAAGACUAUGAAGCUGAUAUAGCACAUGACAUGCGGGAGCUGGAACUUAGAUGGGAGAAUGAGUUAGAAGAACAAGAAAAACGUUGGAACAAUACACAAGAAAAGUAAUAAA